AUGGUCAUCGUCUCAAGGCUCAUAGCCAAAUUCAACUCCUACUACGCGGACAAGCCAGUCCUUACCAUCAUGAUCACAAAUGCCGUCCUGGGAGGGAUAGCAGACACAGUGGCUCAAUCCCUCACAGCAGUUCGUGCAAAAUCGCGGCGAAAUCUCGCUCCAGGAAAGGAUAUAUCAGAUGGGAUUGAAAUGCCUGACUAUGAUGAGAAGAGUCCUUACGUUACCGACAUCAUACCACACAGGACUCUUGGGCCACCACAAUUUGACUUCGAGAGAUUGACAAGGUUCAUGUCCUACGGUUUCAUCAUGUCGCCUGUGCAGUUCCAAUGGUUCGCGUUCCUCUCAAGAGCGUUUCCAAUCACGAAACAGAGUGCUACCAUGCCAGCGCUGCAAAGGGUAUGCUUUGACCAACUGAUAUUUGCGCCUAUUGGUCUAGCAGCCUUCUUCACGUUCAUGACUGUCACCGAGGGUGGUGGCCGACGAGCCGUAACACGAAAAUUCCAAGAGGUGUACCUUCCCUCACUGAAGGCGAAUUUUUUGCUCUGGCCUGCAGUCCAGAUCCUCAAUUUCAGGGUCAUUCCUUUGCAGUUUCAAAUUCCGUUUGUCUCUACCGUUGGCAUCGCCUGGACCGCCUACCUAUCCCUCACCAAUUCCUCUGAUGAUGUCCCUAUAUCUUUUCCUAGUGAUUGA